GCAAGUAUGGCCGGAGACAGUGAGGUUCAUCCAGAGGACCGUGGCGAGAAAACCAACAUUAUUCGCCAACCUUUUCUCAUCGGGGUCUCCGGCGGCACUGCCAGUGGGAAGUCGUCAGUAUGUGAGAAAAUUAUGGAGCUGCUGGGGCAGAACAAGAUCGACCACCACCAGCGGCAGGUGGCCAUUCUCAGCCAGGACAGCUUCUACAAGGUGCUGACUCCAGAGCAGAAAGCCAAGGCAGGAAAGGGCCAGUUCAACUUUGAUCAUCCAGAUGCCUUUGACAAUGAGCUCAUCAUGCAAACACUCAGACAGAUCCUGCAGGGGAAGACUGUUCAGAUACCACUUUAUGACUUUGUCACUCAUUCCAGGAAAGAGGAGUUUGUUACGGUGUAUCCGGCUGAUGUGGUCCUGUUUGAGGGUAUCCUCAUGUUCUACUCACAGGAAAUCAGAGAUCUGUUCCAGAUGAAGCUGUUUGUUGACACAGAUCCAGACACACGGCUCUCACGCCGAGUUUUAAGAGACAUCAGUGAGCGUGGAAGGGAGCUCGAGCAAGUGCUGGCUCAGUACAUCACCUUUGUGAAACCGGCUUUCGAGGAGUUCUGUUUACCAACAAAGAAGUAUGCAGAUGUGAUUAUUCCACGAGGAGCAGAUAACCUUGUGGCCAUCAACUUGAUAGUACAGCACAUCCAAGACAUUCUGAACGGCGGUCUUAGCAAGCAUCACAAUGGCUGCAUGAAUGGCCACAGUACUCACCGUCAGCGGCGGACCUCAGAGUCCAGCAGCCGACCUCAUUGACUUCGUCACCCCUCUCUUCACAGGCCGGAGAAGGGUGUGGUGGUUGCGCUGUAAAUAAUGCCUGUUGGAAUCACUGUAUUUAAGAGAGGGAAAAAAAAAAGAGAUGCAAAAAGAAUUGAAAUGCCUUUUAUUAUUAUUAUUAU